AUGCGUGUCGCUGAAGGCUCUCGUGGCAGGCUGAAGAAGGACCCCGACUGCAUUUUGUACUCGUGGGCGGAGGAGGUCCCCCUACAAGAACUGUUGGCGGGAUCACUGGCGUUUUCCGGCGCGCUGCUGGACGGCGCGUCACUAGCAUUCAAGACGAAAGAGACGACGGCUCAAUUCAUUAUAAGUUGGCCUGGGUUCCAGGCGAAGGAAUAUCCCAUCCCGAAUGCCAAAAGGAUCACUCGUGCGCAGCUAGCGCAUGAGUUCGCGAGAUGCUUUUCUCGCUACGUAGAGACGACAAUUACGACCCCGGAAAGCCGCCCGCCUCUGGGCGAGACCUUUCUGGUGUCGUUCAUCAACGUGACGGACAACGGCUGGCAAGCCGAUCUCACUGAAGAUAUCGAAGUCUUGCGUCAUGGAAUCUAG